GGAGAAUUCUGAUACUGGUUGCCUUGAGCCAGAUGUUUCUAGCACUGACUCAAACUUCAAUUGAUGUUAAAGGACCCUGCCAUGCUCUGCAACUACCAAAGCUGUGCCUGAGGCAGCAACGCCAAAGAGGAAACACACUAAAGCAGCCCCACUGCCACUGACCGUACGCAGAACAUCGCCACUGCCAAAGCCAACUCAUUGCUGCCGAUACUCCAGCUGCACCGUAGCCAAGAGAAUGUGGCACUCUCGAGGACCGGAGCCCGUCUCAACUUCUGAGAACUGAUUGAUCAUCUAAAUUAACUCCCAAGAACCACUCGAGGGAUCAUUCACUCCGUCACUGCUGCAGACGCUGCUGAAGCACUAAAGGAAAAGAAUAGGCGCCAGAACGGUUGUGCAGAUGUUGAAAUCAGCCAAUGUCACAUCAUGGGGAUUUUCCACGUUAGCUUGGAAGGUCAAUACAAUCUGUCGCUGAUUCAAGCACGUAACGUCUGUCAGCAACUUGGCUCACUGUUGGCAACAAAGGCACAGGUCGAACGUGCAUAUCAGCUAGGCUUCGAAACGUGCAGGUAUGGUUGGGUGGAUGACGGUUUUGUUGUUAUCCCAAGAAUCAGUUCAAAGGAGCAAUGUGGAAAAAACAGAACAGGCGUGUUGAUUUGGAAAGUUGAUCCUGACAAAUCGUACGAUGGUUUCUGUUUCCAGAAGAAUGAUGCCCUGAAGAUGAAUACUUGUGAACUGUCAACUGAACAGGUUGCCCAGUUCACGAAUCCAACAGAAACACCAUUAACAGAUCUGGGUCACACAAACACAAACAAUGGAACAGAAUUCAGCUUUGAAUCCAUCGCCCCGUUGGACAGCAGAACUUCGGUACCUUGCGAAACAAAUACCUUUUUGUCAACCUCAACUGAUUCAAUCCCUCAAUCAACCUCCUCCUCAGAACCGCGCUCUACUACAGAGAAGAGUUCCAAAGAUUCCAGCAAUUUGAUCAUCUUUUUGGCUUUAGGUCUGGUGGCAUUCAUUUUAUUCGUGACCUUUGUGGCAACUUUGGUCUGUUGUCUCAGAAAACGCAAGAAGCUGUUUUCAUAUUUGCAUGGGCAGCCAAAAGAAGCCAUUGAAGCUGAAGUCUGGAGCAAUAACCUGAUAGAAAACAGUUCACCAUGAGAAGACACAGAGAAAGAAUCCAAAUAACAAACGAUUAAACAUCAAACAAGCAAACUAACUCAAUAAACAUUAAGUAUUAGGAAGUGGGAGUAGAAUUGGUUUUAAUAGAAUUACAUUGAUUGUAAAGGAACAAGAUGUAACAAAAAUUGAAUGUAAAGCACAGAAAUUUGUUACUCAGUUCAAUUAAUCAGACUCGGUACUUUUGCUCCAUUUAAGCGUUCUAGCAACCUUGGUGAUUUUCCAGGCUUGAUGUCAGCAUUAAUACAUAUGUGCACAGACUCAGUGUCCUACAAUCUCAUUAUGUAUAAGAUAAAUAAUGAGAGACAGUAAAAUGUUUCACCAAAGUAUCUCAUUAAAUACUUAAUUAAACAGAACCUAACACAACUAAUCUUUGACAUGGUGUCAAUACUAUAACUGAAUGAAUCUCAGUCUGCUUUCAUCACUGCCGCAGUUCUUACUUUGGAUGACAGUCCUAUUUAUGUGAAGAUUAAACAAUAUAUCUAGCUUUAUAUCCCCUGACAGAUUAUAAUGUAAUGAGGGGUGGGAGAGAAGGGGAGGCUGGGGAAGCUUGAAGAACAGGUGGGGAAGGCUCAGGUAGAGACCGGGAGAAUGAGUGAUGUGAAAAACAGUUGGGGCUGGAAAGAGUUGGGGGAAGAUUCAGGGGAAAAAGCUGAAAUAUUAAGUCAUUAUGUUAAAUCUCAAUGGACCAACUGGCCAUUUCCUGCGUACAAUUUUUUAUGUUACACUUGGAUGCAACAUUAUCUUAUGAAUGUAAUCAAAUUUCUUCUGCCUGAGAUAAAAGGAAUCAUGCUGAGCUUGGUCACUGGGCAUAUCUCACAGUGCCCUCACUCUGCCAUUACUUCAUUCAUCUCUAUGGUGCAUGCACUGAUAACCUAUGACAUGGACCCGGUCUAUAUCUGAUGUGUUAUUUCAACGUGACAUGGAUUAUCUUUACCUGUCUAUUUUUCUACAUAUUGUUAUUGGGUUCCCUGAGCUGUGAAACAGGACCAGCCUAUCCACAUCCUCUUGACAGAUGCAAGAGCAAUUUUAGCUUAGAUGGAGAACUCUCAAAAAAUCCUCUCUCUGUCAAGCAGUAAUGUGGGCAAAAAGAUCCUAAUUAAAGAGUGAAAAUAGCAUGCAAAAUGUGGGAGUGAAAAGUAAUUACAUUGAAAGUGAACAGAAUAAUUGGAUCAAGGCAUGAAUUAAUAAGCCAGUGCCAGCAAGUGUACUUUAAUUUUAAAUGCUUGUAUUUUUUAAAUGUUCAUGUCCUCAGUGAAGAAGGCAUAAUUAUAAGGACAAGUAUGUAUUGAAAAUUUUCAUUGCAAUCUUAGAAACGUAUGUUUUGAAAAGUUGACACAGUUGUAGAUGUAGUAUAUUAAUCCUCCGAACAGUCUUAGUUUUGAUGAGAUCCUGCCAUAAAUGCACAUGUAAGCCGAAAAACUGUUACAACAUGUUUAACAGACAGAUAAGCAUAUUUGAAUAAUCAGCAAAAUAUUUUUAGAGAUUUACAAGCGUUUUAUUCUACAUCUAUAAUUUAGAACAAAUGCCAGUUCCCACAUUUCCCUUUCUCCGAUUAAGAUGCGGAAAUGUUUUCUCUUAUAGUGGCAAUGGAACAUUGUUGGAUCCACCCUUAAUUGCGAACAUUCUAACAUUAACAGACUGCCCCUACAGAAAAAUAACACAUCACAGAUCCGUAAGAUAAUAAGAAACAUGAGCUCUGCCAUUCAAUCGUGACUGAUACGUUUCUCAACCCUAUUCUCCUCCUUUCGCCCCAUAAUCCUGAUUCCUCUCCUAUUCACAAAGUUUCAUUUAAUCCAUUUCUGCCUUUAUGUAAUCUCUGGAGUUUUAUUUCUAUUCCUGGUGUUUCCUCCGGUGAGGUGUAACAAUAUUUCCUUUCAAACAGGUCACAUUGCCCGGAGCGAUUGAAAAUAGAAAGUGCUGGAGAAGCUCAGCAGGUCAGGCAGCAAUUGUGAAGAAAAAAGAGAGUUCAACAGCAUUAAUAUUUUGUGUCCAGUGACAUUUCUUCAGAAAGUUGCUGGCAAAUGUUGAGAUUUAUACUGAUGACAGGGUGAGGUGGGAAAGAUGAGUAAUUUGAAUAAAUGCGUGCCCAAAGACAGUAAAAUCAGACAAAGGGAUUGCUGGUAGUGAGCCUGCAGAGAAGUGAGUGCUGAAUAUAUGCCAGUGGAAUGUGUGAAUAGUUAAAAAUAGGUUGGCUGUGCUGGAAUGGCAUUUGAAAUUUAAAGCGUAGAAAUGUGAGUUGAUCAGAAAGGCCCAAAUAUAUAUGGGGCUCAAGCCAUUAAAGGUGACAGGACAGGUAAAGAGAGCUGUUAAAAGCAUUCAAUAUUCUCGGCUUCAGUAACUCUACAGUUUAGCACAAGUACUGAUUUCCAUCUUUCCCUCUGAACCCUUUUCCUGUCCUGAAGCUAACUUUACACUGGGGAGAAAAUCGACACUUUUAUAUAAAAACCAUGAGCAAAAUCUACUAUCAAUCAAUUCUGGAGUUGUUUCAGUUUAUCUUAAAGGGACCUAUACUUCUAACGCUGCUACAACACACAUUUCCCCUGCAACUAUCCCUAUCUAUAACACUGACUCUAAUCCUCAAUUAAAUUUUUGUAGAAUACAUACUUUGAUUUUAUUCUUUUUGCUUCCUUUCUUUUGUAGGGGAGAAACUGAUUUAUAUAAAGGCAAUUAGUAAUGUAGAUUGAAUUUUGCAAUCCAAUUAAAUGAAAUGUAUAACUUGUUUGUUAAAGCAUGAAUCCUUCUUUAACAGAAAGUAUUUUACAUGAUAUUUAUUAUCAAAUGCUUAUUUUUAAAUCAAAAUUGCAACCCGAUGCAAAUUGA